GACGCUGGGGCUCUUCACGGUUAAUCUGCUCGCAGAGAUCGGUAACAAGUAGGGUGCAAGUGGUGGACUGGACUGGACUGUGGCGCCACGCUGUGAGGGAGCGCCGACGUAGUUUUGAAAGGUUGACAUGAUGAGGACAUCCCCGUGGGACCAGUGGUACUCCACAAACUGCUGUCUGUGCUGUCAUGUCCGCACUGGAACCAUCAUCUUGGGGGUCUGGUACAUGCUCAUCAACGCUGUGGUGUUACUCAUCCUGCUCACAGCGCUCGGUGAUCCUGAGCAGUACCACCUGACCACCGCUGAGUUGGCUAAUGACUUGGAUGUCAUGGAUGACGCCAAUAUGUGCAUUGCCUCGGCCAUCUCUCUGCUGAUGAUACUCAUAUGUGGGAUGGCAACAUAUGGUGCAUACAAGAUGCGUGCUGCCUGGAUCAUCCCAUUUUUUUGCUACCAGAUCUUUGACUUUGCACUCAACACCCUAGUUGCUGUGAGCAUUGUGGUUUAUCCUAACACGAUACAGGAUUACCUGCAGCAAUUGCCUGACAAUUUCCCUUACAAAGAGGAGAUUGCUGCCCUGAGUACUGUGUGCUUGGUUCUCAUCGUGCUGAUCUUCAUCAGCUGUAUUCUGGGCUUCAAGGCUUACCUGAUAGCCUGCGUGUGGAACUGCUACAGAUAUGUGUGCAGUCGCGGCACUGCUGAAAUUCUGCUUUAUGUCACAAGCAAUGACACAACGGUCCUGCUUCCGCCGUAUGACGACGGUGUCGGUGUUCCUACCAAGCAGGGUGCUCCUCUGUCCUCAUCCACUAUGACAGCAUGAGAACAUUCCCAGGAUCCCUCUGAUCGGAGCCUAAUGUGAAGACAAUCCAUGUGUGCACCACACUGCCUCUCCAGUGUCCCUUAUGCUCAUGUUGUUUCUCAACACACAUUUUUGAAUGGACAAAGUCAUCACACACGUAUGCUGUAAAAUGCACAUGCACACGCCAUAUGACCUACUUAUAACCCUACUAACUGUAUGUAUCUCAUGAGUCCAACACACACUGACUCCGUCCGAGGAAUUCCGGAAAUGGUUUUAUGCAUUUGAUUUUGUUGAUAUUAGAAUUAAGAAAGCACCAGAACGUUUACUAGAUAAAAGAUGAUAUCUAUUUUUUAUUAAUGCUGUGUUUGCUCUUCGUGUACAUGUAAGUGUAUCGUGUGACUUUCAUAUUCAAGCGAUCAAUGCCCAGAGUAAAGAGUGAAGGGCUGACAUGUGAUUCCUGUUUGUCGUAUCUCUUCUAAUGAUCAGGCCUUCAUUUAUCCUGUGGUGUAGUGUUCUUUCUGAUGGGCUGCACGUUGAGUAAAACAUGUUUUGAGAGCAUCCUAAUCUAAGGUUAUGUGUAAUUUUGCCUUUUUGUUGAUGAGAAAAUUAGUCUUUGGAUUUUUUUAAAUGUUUUUUUUUUUGAAUGAUUCAAAUCGGUUCGCAGAGUCAUAUUAUAAAGUCACUCGUGGCAAAGAUGUGAUGAUGUCUGUCAGGCCUCGAUGUUACAGAAGCAAAAAUGUAUAUGGACCCAUUUGUGUUUUUUCAAUUAAGUCAGUGUUCCGCUGUGUCGAAACGCACACGUGUUGUACCGGAUACGCUUUUUGGGUUCGUGUUCUCCGGAAAGCAAAUGCCCUGCUGGAAUGUGCAAACAAAGUGCAAAAUUAGUUUUCUUGUGCAUUAAACUCAAAUUGAGAUUUCAAA